UUUCCAAGAGUGCGCCUGUGCGGUAUUCCAACUUCUUCUCAGGGCGUUGGGAGCUGCACGUUCCGCUGUUGUUGCUUGUCUUCCUCUGCCUUGGCUUUACUCUCCCACCGUCAAGAUGCCGCGGAUCAUGAUAAAAGGGGGCGUGUGGAGGAAUACAGAGGAUGAAAUUCUUAAAGCAGCUGUAAUGAAAUAUGGCAAAAACCAGUGGUCUCGUAUUGCCUCUUUGUUGCACAGAAAAUCAGCAAAACAAUGCAAAGCCAGAUGGUAUGAAUGGCUAGACCCAAGUAUCAAGAAAACAGAAUGGUCACGAGAGGAAGAAGAGAAGUUGCUGCAUUUGGCCAAACUUAUGCCAACUCAGUGGAGAACUAUUGCACCAAUUAUUGGACGAACAGCUGCCCAGUGUUUGGAGCAUUAUGAAUUUUUAUUAGAUAAAGCUGCUCAGAGAGACAAUGAGGAAGAAACUGCUGAUGAUCCUAGAAAACUUAAACCUGGAGAAAUUGAUCCAAACCCAGAAACUAAGCCAGCCAGACCAGAUCCUAUUGAUAUGGAUGAGGAUGAACUUGAGAUGCUUUCUGAAGCUAGAGCUCGUUUGGCUAACACUCAGGGAAAGAAAGCCAAAAGGAAAGCAAGAGAGAAGCAGUUGGAAGAAGCUAGGCGUCUUGCUGCUCUACAAAAGAGGAGAGAACUCCGAGCUGCAGGAAUUGAGAUCCAGAAAAAAAGAAAAAAGAAAAGAGGAGUAGACUACAAUGCCGAAAUCCCAUUUGAGAAGAAACCUGCCCCAGGUUUUUAUGAUACAUCAGAAGAAAACUAUCAGUCACUGGAUGCAGAUUUUAGGAAACUAAGACAACAAGACUUGGAUGGCGAAUUGAGAUCGGAAAAAGAAGGAAGAGAGCGAAAAAAAGAUAAGCAGCAGCUGAAACGGAAAAAAGAGUCUGAUUUACCAUCAGCAAUUCUUCAGACUAGCGGUGUUUCAGAAUUUACUAAAAAAAGAAGUAAGCUGGUGCUUCCAGCUCCUCAGAUUUCAGAUACAGAACUUGAAGAAGUAGUUAAAGUUGGACAAGCAAGUGAGAUUGCCCGUCAAACAGCAGAAGAAUCUGGAAUUACAAAUUCUGCUUCCAGCACGCUCUUGUCAGAAUACAGUGUAACCAACAACAGCAUUGCCCUUCGAACACCUAAAACACCUGCAGCACAGGACAGAAUCCUACAGGAAGCUCAGAAUUUAAUGGCUCUUACAAAUGUUGACACCCCCUUGAAAGGUGGUCUUAAUACACCACUCCAUGAAAGUGAUUUCUCUGGAGUAACACCUCAGAGACAAGUUGUUCAGACACCAAAUACUGUGCUUUCCACUCCCUUCAGGACUCCGACUCAUGGAGCUGAAAGCCUGACUCCUCAUAGUGGAAUGACUCCAAAGCCAGUGGUAGGAGUGACACCAGGCAGAACUCCACUACGUGAUAAACUAAAUAUUAAUCCCGAAGAGGGGAUGGCAGAUUACAGUGAUCCAUCCUAUACAAAACAUAUGGAAAGAGAAUCCCGUGAAAAUUUGCGUCUGGGACUUUUGGGUCUUCCUGCUCCAAAAAACGACUUUGAAAUUGUUCUACCAGAAAAUGCAGAGAAGGAGCUUGAGGAUCAUAAUGCAGAUGAUACAUAUAUAGAAGAUGCAGCUGAUGCAGAUGCUCGCAAACAGACCAUUCGAGAAAUGGAGCGUAUAAAGGCAUUAAAGCGAAUGCACAAAGCUGUUCAGAAAGACCUACCAAGACCUUCUGAAGUAAAUGAAACAAUUCUGAGACCUUUAAAUGUAGAGCCGCCUCUGACCGAUUUACAGAAGAGUGAAGAACUGAUUAAGAAAGAGAUGAUCACUAUGCUUCACUUUGAUCUCGUGCAUCACCCUUAUGGGGAAGUCCCCGGCAGCAAGAAGAUGAAAGUUCCAGGGCUGGGAACCAGCAGCACAGAACAUAUAGCAUACCUUGAACACAAUCCUUACGAAAAGUUUUCAAAAGAAGACCUCAAGAAGUCUGAAGACCUUCUGGCACAAGAGAUGGAAGUUGUGAAGCAAGGGAUGGGACAUGGAGAGCUUUCAAGUGAAGCUUAUAAUCAGGUGUGGGAAGAAUGUUACAGCCAGGUACUGUUCCUCCCUGGACAGAAUCGCUACACGCGAGCUAAUUUGGCCAGUAAAAAAGACAGGAUUGAGUCACUUGAGAAGAGACUAGAGAUUAACCGAGGCCACAUGACUACUGAAGCUAAGAGAGCUGCCAAGAUGGAAAAAAAGCUGAAGAUCUUGCUUGGUGGUUAUCAGUCUCGAGCCAUGGGACUCAUCAAGCAAUUAAAUGACUUGUGGGACCAAAUUGAACAAGCUCAUCUUGAACUGUGCACAUUUGAAGAAUUAAAGAAGCAUGAAGAUGCAGCUAUCCCAAGGAGACUAGAGUGCCUAAAAGAAGAUGUUCAACGGCAACAGGAAAGAGAAAAAGAACUUCAGCAGAGAUUUGCAGAAUUCAUGCUGGACAAGGAAACAUUUCAGUCAAAAUAUUAAGCCUCAUAUUUUGCUUAUACCAUGACACCAUUGUUCGUAACAUUUUUCAGAUGCAGCUGAUAAAAUUUUGAUAUGUCUCUCCCUUUAGAAUCAAGCACAAGCAAAAGUGCUAGCAAAUGUAUAUUGUGUUUUAAGUAGAUGCUUUGUACCACACAGUCGUGCACCUUUUCCUUUGGAAGGAAGAAGCAGAAUUAAAAUGCAUACACCCUGAUCUAACAAGGAUAAUUUGCAUGCUGUAAAAGUGCUAUACAGGGUAAACAUUCAACACCCAGCUUUUAAUUCUUCACACCAUCUUUUUGCUGAAGUUACUGUCUUUUUAGUAUUUCACCAAUGUUAAGAUCCAGGGAAAGUAUAUAUUUAAAAGUCUGUGUGCCACUGAUUACUGUGAAUCUGGAAUGUAAAGCUGUGUAUUAAAGUGUAUUUGUGUCUAA